AUGGCUGGAAAGGCCCCUCACGGGAUCCAGGUGACCCUGAGGCCCCGGGGGCCCCCCGGGCUUAGCCUCGUGUGCCUUUUUGCUGCAGUUGCUGCUGCUGCCUCUCUUUGCCUGUCUCCCCCGGGGCCCCCAGAGGCUGCAGGCUGCCUCUGCUUCGCAGCCAGCGCCCAAGGGCCCCUCAAGGGGCCCUCCAGGGGCCCCUUCGGGGGCCCCAUCGGGGGCCCCCUCAAGGACCCUUUCCUGCAGCCCCCUCCUCGUCUCUACACCUUCUGCGCGGCCUCCCGCGGGGGCCCCAGGGAGGAGAAGGGGCCCCCGGGGCCCCGAGGGGCCCCUGGGGCCCCGGGGGCCCCGGGGGCCCCCGGGGCCCCCGGGGCCCCGGGGCCCCCGAAAGCUGGUGGGGGCAAAGAGUUGAGCCUGAGAGACUUGGGGUCUAACAAAUGGCUGGCGCAGCAGCUGCACGAGUACGUGCAGGCCAAGGAGGCUGCAGAGAGGCGGGUGAGCAGCAGCAGCAGCAGCAGCAGCAGCAGCAGCAGCAGCAGCAGCAGAGAGGGGGAGAAGGGGCAGAGACGAGCCUACCUGCUGCCCAGAAGGCGGCGGCUGCCGCUGCAGAACUUCCACGAGAACACAAGUGUGCUGGGAAGGGUCAUUUCAAUAAUGCCUUAUGGCUGCCGCGUCGACGUGGGGUGUACAGACACCUUGGGCUUCCUCCAUGUCAGGGACAUGCAUUACCUCCCAAGGGCCCUCCAAGCUGGUGCUUCCUUCCUCAACUCCCCGGGGGCCCCAGGGGCCCCCGGGGCCCCAGAAGGGGCCCCAGAAGGGGCCCCAGAAGGGGCCCCAGCAGGGGCCCCAGAAGGGGCCCCAGCAGGGGCCCCAGCGGGGGCCCCCGAGGCCCCUGCAGGCGGUGUAGAAGGGGCCCCAGAGGCCCCAGCGGGGGCCCCAGAAACCCCAGCGGGGGCCCCAGAAACCCCAGCAGGGGCCCCAGAAGCCCCAGCGGGGGCCCGGGGGGCCCCCCUAGGGGCCCCGGGGGCCCCCUUAGCGGCCGCGGGGGCCCCCCUAGGGGCCCCGGGGGCCCCCAGUGUGGAGGGUGCGACGGAGGGGUGGAUAAAGCACGCGGGAGAUGUGCUGCGGGUGGGAGACGCGCUGUGCGUGCACAUAAAGAGUAUAGACAGAGAGGGGCGGCGCAUGCGGCUGACUACAGUGCCUUCGCCAGCCACUGCCAAAGGGCACUCCCCGCGAAAACCAGUGGAGGCCUUCUGGGUGGGACAGGAAGUGGAGGGCACAGUGCUGAGGUGUACAGAGUUUGGACUUUUUCUGGACAUUGGGGCUGUCGAAGACGCCUUUCUGCAUGCAAACGAAGUUGGAAGAGGAAACAGCUGCGACGACGUGCAGGAGCUGUUCCGGCGCUUCAAGAAGAGCCGGGGGGGCCGGGGCCGGCGCUGCCCCCCUGCGGACCCUCUGGGGCCCCAGGGGCCCCCCGACGGGGGCCCCGCGGAGGCCCUGGGCUGCCGCACGGGGGACACUUUGAGGGGCCUCCGGGUCUUAGAGAUCGACGCCAGCCGCAGCAGGAUUCAGCUGACGACGCGCUGCGAAGCAGAAGUGCAGCGGCUGCAGCAGUGGAAGCAGCAAAUGCUGCAGAUGCAGGUGGGGGCCCCCCCGAGGGAAUCACCGGAGGAGAAGUUUGGGAGGAUUGGGGCUGCGCUGAAGCUGCUGGAGCGGCACCGAAAGAAGCAGCAGAUGCAGCAGCAAGGGGCCCCCGGGGCCCCCGGGGCCCCCGGGGCCCCCGGGGCUGCGGGGGCCCCCGGGGGGCCCCCUGCUGCUGCUGUUGUUGUGACCCCGCCCAAGAGGCACACUGGGCAGGGGGCCCCCACGGAGAAGCAGCUGCAGGUCCUUUUCCCCGGCUAUACUGCAGCAGAUGUUGAGGAGGCCCUUUCUUUGCUGGAGGCGGAGAAGAGGCGAAAGGAGCUGCUGCUGCUGCAGCAGCAGGAGCGAAGGGCCCGCAAGCGGCAUCCCAGGUUCCAGCGCCGCAGCGCAGACGACCUCAGCCUGCAGGAGGCGCGGCAGCUGCUGAAGGAAGAGUCGGGGCUGGUGACUCCUGAAAUGCUGCAGCAAGAUGCUCAGCAGCAAGCUCGCCGGGCUGGAUUAGCAGCAGCAGAAGUCCCGGUCUUCGGGCCUGACGGGCUGCCCAAGAUGCAGCAAGUGCCUCUCAAGAACUUGCUUCCCAGCCCGAACAAAAAACAGCCUGCUGCUGCUGCUCGCACGCCUGCUGCUGCUGCUGCAGCGGGGAAACCUGCUGCUGCUGCUGCGGCGGCGGCGGCGCCGCCAGAAACCCCUGCUGCAGCGCAGGCUGCUGCCCCACAGGCGCCCGCUGCAGCAGCAGCAGCAGCAGGUGCAGCAGCAGCGCAGGCACCUGAAGCAGCAGGUCCAAAUCCCUCACACUCGGAGGGCCUCGAGAAGCAGCAAAGCCUCGAGGAGGAGCUGGAAGUCCCUGCAGAGUUCCUGCAGCGGGAGCUGAGGGCAUACGGGGGCCCCCAGGAGCCCGGGGCCCUGGGGGCCCCCCAGGCCCAGGGCCCUGGGGGGCCCCCAGGGGCCCCCCCGGCCCCCCUGGGGGCUGCAGAGCCCCCCGGCGACCAAGGGGAGGACUUAAGUGCUGCUGAAAUUGACUCUUUUUUCGCCAAGUCGGAGGCCAAACUCCUCAAGUCCCUCAAACAAGGAAGACGCAGAAGAGUAGACAGCGCCACAGCAGCAGCAGAACAGGAAGAAGUCCGGGAGCUCAUUCAGAUGGAACGCAGGGCGGCCCAGCGGGCCCUUGCAGGGGGCCCCAGGGGGGCCCCCACAGGGGCCCCCAGGGGGGCCCCCAGGGGGGCCCCCAGGGAGGGGCCCCUUGCUGCUGCCGUGGAAAAAGGAGAGACUCUGGGAGAGAUUUCUCAGUCGGAGGUUCUUGAGACUAUCAAAGAGAGGCUGGAGGAAGAGCCCGAGCUGAGCCGGGAGCUGGAGCUGCGGGGGAAAACCCCAGAGGGUUUAGCAGCAGAAAUUCAAAAGAUCUUGACAGACGUCACAGUUCCCUCCGCUGCGAGCUCCCUGCUGGGCCUGCAAGACGACUUCGCAGACCUCAUUCAGCCCAGAGCAAAGCGCAGAGCCAAAGAAGACUCAUUAUUCCCUCCGGGCGGGCGCUCCCGCCGCCGCAGCAGCCGCCAGGGCCCUCUCCAGCCAGAGGGCCCCCUGGGGGCCCCCCAGGGGGGCCCCCCGGAGCCCCUUGGGGGCCCCCAGGGGGACUUGGAGGACGACGAAGAGGGUUUUGUUUCCCCUUUCUUCCAAAUGACCGAAGAGACCCCUGAGGGGCCCCUUGCCCCCGCUGAGGGGCCCCUUGGCCCCGCUGAGGGGCCCCAAGAUGCUGAAGAGGGAGAUGGGGGGCCCCCAGGGUACUCGGGUCCGGAGAACCCCCUGCUUAGCUCUCUGCGGGCCCGGCGGCAGCGCCUGGCCCGCAGGGCCCGGAGGGCCCCUGGAAAGCAGCGGGGGCCCCAGGGGGCCCCCGCUGCCUCUUCGACCCUCCCUAGGGGGCCCCAGGGGGCCCCUCAGGGCCCCUCAGGGCAGCAAGGCGGGGAGCCAGCCCCCAGGCCCCCUCAGCAGCCAGCCCUGGACCUGGACCUUCCUCCUGGGGGGCCCGUGGAGGCCAGGGGGCCCCCUGAGGGCACAACUGCUGGGUCUCAAGAGCAGCAGCCCACGGCUCCAGGGCCCCCAGAGGAUCUCCUGCUGGGCCCCACAGACAGCCCUGCCUGGCCCAGGACACGGGCAGGGGCCCCCUUCAGGGAGGGGGGGCCCCUCUUCAGGGAGUGGGGGGCCCCCUUUAAGGAGGAGAAGGCCCCCUUUAGGGGGAAGGGGGCCCCCUUUAGGGAGGAGGGGGCCCCCUUUAGGGAGGAGGAAGCCGCCUUCGGGGAGGUGGGGGCCCCCCCGGUGUCUGCAGUACAGGAAAAAGGGGGUUCACCCUCUAUGCGGAGCGCACUCUCGCGCGCCCGCCGAAAAGCAGCAGCAGCAACUGCUGCUGCUGCUGCUGCAGCGGGGGGCCCGCGGCGCCGGGGGCCCCCGGGGGGCCCCCCACGGCCGGGCAAGCAGCUAAUUGGCCGCCCGGCUGAAAAAGCUGCAGGCCGUGGCUCUGGCCUGCAGCUCCCAAGUCGGGGCCCCCUGAGAGAGCCAGAUGCUACUCAGGAAGCAAAAGCUGGAGCAGCAGCAGCAGUGCUGCACCCUCGGAGCAGCAGGGGCCCCAGGAAGUCUGAUAUACUUUUGCUGCCACCCGAGAGCAGGGCUGGGGGGCCCCUCUCCGAGGAGGGGGGCCCCCGGCCUGUGCGCUCUCUUGCUGCGCUGCGCAAGCUGCUGCAGAAGCAGCAGCAAGCCAGCAGCGGGAAGGAGCUGCUGCUGCGCAGCACAAAGGCCAAAGGCAGCAGGGGCCCCUCCGAGAAAAAAAAGUAG